AUGUCUAAUCCAACGAUGUUCGAGGACGAUGCUCACGUUGAGAAAGGUCCAUUGGAAGUCGAAGAUAUCAUUCAUGAACCUGCAGUGAAUGAUGAUGUUCAUGACCCUCUCAAUUGGUCUUCUAUGGAGAAGAUCCUGUGUUUGGUAUCGAUGUGCAUCUGGAUUUUCAUCGGACCUGCCAACAUUCUCGUCAACGGUACAGCUCUUCCAGAAAUCGCCGAAGAGUUCAAUGUCAGCCUUGCUUCGUCAAGCUACCUAAUUGGGGCAGUGUCUCUGGCAUAUGGACUUGCAUCUUUCAUCUGGGUUGCUUUUGCAAAUCGCUGGGGGGUGAGGUUCACAUAUGUCCUGUGUGCAUUCGCCGCGGGCUUGCUGAGCAUAUGGGGCGCGAGGUCGACAAACUUUGCCAGUCUCAUCUCUGCCCGUAUUCUGGCUUCAUGCUUCUUCUCUUCCCCAGAGGUUCUUGGCCCACAAGUCAUUGGCGAUGUCUUCUUCUUGAAAGACAGAGCCAAAGCGGUGACGGUCCUUAUUAUCUGCCAGGGCGCUGGUUUCACCCUGGGACCGUUGAUCGGAGCAUAUAUCUAUGACGACCUGGAUUGGAGAUGGACCCAAUGGAUUAUCGUCAUAAUGUCACUCGCCAGUGGAGUUCUGUUGUUGCUCUUCUUCCCUGAGACUCAGUAUACCAGGAGCACAACAGAAGACAAGAACAAGCGAACAAUGUAUGACCGUGUGCGAUUCUGGGUGGUCAGUGGAGGCGGCACACCGAAAGUUAGCAGCUUUACAUCUGCUUUCUUAUAUCCAUUUCCCUAUGCUUUGCAUCCUGUGGUCAUUGUUAUAACGGUUUGGUUCGGAAUGUGUCUCGUCACCGCCAACUACUUAUUGACGGUCAUGACUUUCUCAUUCGCCCAGGUAUACGGCUUCUCCCUUAGGGCUGGGGGACUGACAUACUUAGCCCCAACUCUUGGAAUAUUCGUCUCGAUUCUGGUCAGUGGCUACAUGGCUGAUUGGUAUGAAAUGUACAAUGUCAGGGUUGCAGCGAGGUCAGGCACGAAGCCCAUCCCAGAAACAAGAUUGCUUCUUCUCGUCAUCCCAGCAACACUUGGUAUUACUGGAACAGCACUGUUUGGAGCUUGCCUUACCGACGAAUGCCACUGGAUGGGCCCACUGGCAGGAUCAUUCGGAAACCUAUUUUGCUUCGUUGGAGGCCUUGGGAUCGCUUACGCGUAUCUCCUGGACGUGUAUGAGGCACGAACAGAUGCAGUUAUGGUCAUCUUCAACGGCAUCAAGAAUUUUGCUGGCUUCGGUAUCACCUACGCAGUCUUUCCCUGGACCGCAGCUUCUGGCUUUACCAUUCCAUUCGUCACGUUGGCUAUGAUCCUUCUCGCAGCUCACAUCCCAAUGGCCAUGCUGUACUUUAUCGGCCCAGCUAUUCGAAAGUGGACCGCGGCCAAGUAUGUCACAGGUCGGCCUUCCAAGCAUGGUGAUGCCUUUUAG